AUGACAGAGCCGAACGCAUCCGAAGCACUAAGCCACCUCCAAAGUCUCGAAAACGAACACGGCGACAUCAAAACACACCUCUCCAUCCUCCGCAUCAGCGAACCCAUUUCGUUAGAAUCGGAGACUGAGAGUCAGGAACGGUCUCCCUCGAAGCGUGGCUCCGAUGUUUCUGCUCUCGAUAAUCCCACGCCGUCUUCGUUGGAGGCUGAUUUGACACAUUACAAGGAACUCUUCUCCAAACUACGCUUUUCCUACGUCGAACAAGUCACAAAAGAAAAAUUCCUCCGCGCAAUCGUAGGCGACCCGCCCCUCGUCGUCGACAACAAUGAGAACCUCAGACUCGAAACCCAACUCGCAGAAGUGAAGGCAGAGCUCAAAGCGCGCAAAGAAGAUGUCCGGGUGAUGAUCGAAGAAAUGGAGAAGAAGGGCAGAGAUCUCGCAGCGCGUUACAAACACAUCCAAUUACAAGGGACCCAACUCUCCGAACUUCCCGAAUCCAUCGCGAAUAUCGAGUCUACUAUCGCAGGGCUACGCGCGAAACAGGUUGCCAAUAUGGACGAUGCAUCGUCGUCGCAGAGACUUCCUCUUCCUGCGACGUUGUCACUCUUAGCUGAGCGGGAGGCUGAACUUGCGGCGCUUAAUCGUCAGUUGGCUACGGUGCAGAAUGCUUUGCCUAGGAAGACACGGGAGGCUGAGGCUAUUGAGCGCGAAUUGGGUGUGCUCGAGAGACGGAAGACAGAAGAAAUUGCGCAGGCCAGAGAAGCUCAGCGGAAGAAGCAGCAGGGAGAAAGCGACGGUCUUGAGGAAAUGGGACGGUGGUAUAGAGGGGCGGAAGAGACAUUGAAGAAGAUCGUGGGUGUCAGGGAGUAG